CAACAACGCGAUAAUCAGGCACAAGUAAGGACAGCUUUGCUCCUGCUUGGAUAUCAUGUGAUCGCUCGCUGUGGACAGGCAAACAUUUCGACGUCACGCGUCGACAUCAUAUCCUACUUUAGUACUUACCAGCAGACUUUGUUUCGACUGGCACUUCACUCCUAGUUUCCGCUAAUGCACUAGAGCCACCGAGAGACUCCGUUUCAGCAACUGUCAUCAUGCGUGUCGAAUCAGUUUGCCUUGGCUUCCCAAAGCCGUUCGGGAUGGUUCCUGAAAUACCGAAUCCUGUCGAGCCUCUGCCUCGAAUGAAUCGCCAACCCUGUAAAGAGGGGGGCACUGCAGACUACAAACCCGCUAUCUGGCGCUGUCUUGGUGGAUGAUUGUCGCGCGAAUCGUCGAUUCUUGCCUCACAUGUAUACAUGAAGCAUAGCCCGCGCUUGUCGGGACCAGGGACGUUUUCUUCUUUCUCUCUCUCUCUGACACCUCUCUCCGUCCUUGCUUCAUCUGCGCAAUAUGGAUCGAUGGGUUCUGUUGGCUUUAUCGCUGUUUUUUGCGACUCGGGGCAUCUGUGCAGGGCACCUGGACGUCCUUCCUCAAGAAACUACCGUGCCUCAAUGCUCGACGCUGGAAGUUCUUUGGGAUCAACCUUCGCCAAUCCACCUUCACGUACAACCCAAUCUUCUGAUCAACGUCACAAAUCUUUUCGACCUUGGUAUCCAGAAUGGGACGUUCACGACUUACCAAGUCGCACUGCCUGUUGGCCAAAACUUCUCUUUUGCCUACAAUACACUGGCCAACCAGUUCCUCGUUUUCCAAUCUUCCAUGAUGACUGUAGGACCAGGAACAACGGAGUGUCUAUCGAACGGAAACCCUAGCUCCAGUGCCUCCUCCUCCUCCUCCUCCAGCACCUCCUCCUCCAGCACUUUGACUUCAAGUGCCACAGCUCCUGUUUCGACAUCAUCAACUGCUGUACUAUCACCGUCUGCUGUCCCAGACACGAAUAGUCAUAGCGGGAGCGGGAUAUCUAGCGGUGCUGUCGGUGGAAUAGUGGUUGGAGCCGUUGCUGUGAUUUUGGCUGCUUUGGGAGGAUUCUGCUUCUCCAAACGACGGUACAAACAGAAACUAGCUGCACUGGAGGGAUCACAGCACGACUCAGUUACUCCUCGCUUCUUGGAUCAGGAAUCGGGUCGAGGUCAGGCAGUUACCAUGAUCAGUCCCUACCGAACAGAAUCCUUUACCAGUCCGUACGAUCCAUCCAUCAUGCCCAGCACGGUCCGGAGCCCAUUUGCCAUGGGAUCGCACACACUACCAGAGCCUUCGCUUGUCUCACCGCCUACGACAAGAAAAGGAAGCUCGACCGCAUCAGUGACUCAGCCCCCUGCUGCGCCGAGAAUACUGCAUACGGAUGGUGGGGUGCGAGUCGAACCGGAAGAACUUCCUCCUGUGUAUCGAAACUACGAUGAUUAAUAAUGUAUAAUUACUUACUUGGUCUCAAUCUGGCACCGAUUUACAUUCGGAGACUGUCGUGAAAAGAUCUGUAGAGAUCUGCGCUGUGCAGUGCAUAUCCUUCAAGUUCUAGAAUCAACAUCAAGGAACCUCCCUAACAUCGAUUGUUGGCUUCUAGCGAUGGGCGUUUCAGCGUGUUUCAUCGCUGUCCCAUGUAACGUCGUGUCCAUCCUUAGCGAAAGAUUGUAGUUACGUACCAGUGCUGUCGACGACGAGCGGGGGCUAACUCGGAGUUGGUUGUUGAGCAACGCCUGGAUGUCUUAUGAGGCCCGCUGGAUUGGGGACAAGGCUCGCUUGCUGGCACGCUCCCCCUUUGCAAAAUCUCACUGGCCGAGUCCCACAUGAUGGUCGCACUACUCUCUUUUCUCGUUCUGGCUUUCCUUAGCAUGAUUGUAUCAGCCGGAGACCUCGACGUUCUUCCCGUGCAAACUCUUGUGCCCCAAUGUUCAGUAAUCACUGCUCGCUGGUCGCAGAAGGUGCGCAAUCCCAAAAUCUCAGAUAGCGCGGAAUGAUGAUGGCAAAUAGCCGCCUCUCGUAAGGAGGUGUUCUUUGUGUAGCGAGAGCAUCGAAUUUGAGCCAUUGCGCAGCAUCUACAUGUUCAACCAGAAGAUUCGAUCACGCUGACAAACCUGGUCGAUAUGGGUGUGCAAAAUGGCACAUCCACGACUUUCCAGGUUUCGCUCCCUAUAGGUUAGCCUUUUGUGGGUUGAUUGGGCAGAAGAUUUGACGCCAACAUGUCUAGGCCAGAAUUUCUCUUUCGCGUACAACACUCUGGCAAAUGAGUUUCUAGUGUUUCAAUGUGCGUUGUUCAUCGGUUCUCGAGAUGUGUUCCGAACCGAUUGCCAAUCUAGCCAAUGUCAUGCAAGUUGUGGCGGGGAAUACAGACUGCUUAACCACGACGGUCUCGGCACUCAGUCCACCCGCAUCAACAAGUCAAGCAGUCAGCUCGAGCGUAGUCCCCACGUCAUUGUCGAGUUCAAGUCCGUCGCCCUCAAAGAGCGAUGCUACUGCCGUGUCCACCACCAGCGCAACCCUGGCACGAGCGUCGGCUAGAUCAGGUCCUUCGAUCGGAGCCGUGGUUGCCAUCAUCCUGGCAGUUUCGGCCAUCUUCCUCGUCGGCCUGGCCUUGUUCUGGCGGUCUCAUAGGACAUGGAUGAAGCAAAUGGCGGAGGCGAAUGCGGAUCAGGAACGGCCGCCCAGUGAAAAACCGCAAGGUCGUUUCUUGGGUGCCGUCCUCGGUCGUGCUGAGGGACCCUCUCCUCUUCGUUCGUUAACUCUCUUCCGCAGCCUAGGAAUGAUGCUGAUACUAGCCUCUUCAGCCUACAGAGAAGAGACUCCGCCGCCGCCAAUUACGCCACCGAAGUCAUGGUUCGUCGGUACGAGAGCGGCCAUAUCCCCGGGCGCUUCGAGCAGCGAUGGCCGUGGUCAGCAGGACUUCACUCCUGACAGCGGAGACGGUCCACACGACAAGCUAAGGAUCACGAUCCCCCCGCAGACCCGCCGGUUUGUCGUGAGCAAUGCUGCCACACCCGUGGUGCACACAGAUGGGGGCGUCAGACUCCUGGUGUCGGAACGAGAUUUGCCGCCGGUCUAUUACAAGUACAGUUGAGUAAGUUGGAGAUCUUGUGGGAUGUCCGAGACAUUGAACAGGAAGAAUGUUAAGAAAGUUUCGGUCACCUGAUUCCGAUGCUAUCAAUCCUAGGCUUGGUCCUUUCACCAUCAUGGUCAGACUUUAGCUGACGGGUCGGCUCGGGCCCGCCCAAUCCACUCUUGAAUGCUAGCUCUAUCGGAAAAUCAGACGGACGAGCCACUGAGGGAGAGACGAAUGUGCCGGAUUUCUCACGCCGAGCUUCGAUCUCUUAUCGCACCUGCCAGCGCUGCCAGGUCGAUAGAUAAGUUGGAGCUUCUUCUCGGGAAGAGACAAAUACUUGAGCUCCGCUUGCUUCCUGCUUGCUUCCUGCUUCUUGAAUCUCUCGAACCACGAAAGUUUAAUGUCAGCGUCUGGAACGGUACUGCCACAGGGCGCGGGAUAUGGUGUCGUCGUCGGGAUCGGCCUGUUCUUCAGCGCGUUCAUGAUUGGGUUGACGGCGCUCCAGUCGCGGUACACGUCUUUCUCCCCGCGCUCGUCGGAAGAAUUCAGCAGCGCGUCCCGCUCUGUCAAACCGGGACUCAUCGCGGCAGGGAUCGUGAGCGCGUGGACCUGGGCAGCGACGUUGUUGCAAAGCAGCGCGGUUGCGUAUAAGUACGGCAUCAGCGGGCCGUGGUGGUAUGCCUCGGGUGCGACAAUUCAAGUGCUGCUGUUUGCGAUGAUCGCCGCGAAGCUGAAGCUCAAUGCACCGUACGCACACACUUGGCUCGAAAUUGUCGGCGCCAGAUGGGGCAAAGCUGCGCAUCUGAUCUUCAUGUUCUUUGGAUUGGCUACAAAUAUCAUUGUGAGCUCCAUGCUGAUUCUGGGUGGGAGCGCCACAGUCACAGAUCUCACUGGGAUGAGCACCAUCGCCGCCUGCUUUCUCAUUCCACUGGGUGUUUCGAUCUAUGUUGUUGUUGGCGGGAUGCGUUCGACGCUUUUGUGUGAUUACACCCACACGACUGUCCUUUUCGCCAUCAUCUUCGUUUUCGUAUUCACAGUCUAUGGCACGAGCGAAAAGAUCGGCAGCCCUUCCAAGAUGUACGAGCUGCUGACAUCAGCAGCAGCGGCAUCCCCUGUCCCAGGAAAUGCCCAUGGCUCGUAUCUGACGAUGCGCUCGAAGAACGGACUGAUAUUCGGUGUCAUCAACAUCAUUGGAAACUUCGCCACCGUCUUCCAGGACCAGGCUUACUUCCAGCGAGCGAUCGCCAGCCGGCCUUCGACGACAGUCAAAGCCUACCUUCUUGGCGGCCUCGCAUGGUUUGCGAUCCCCUUCACGCUCGCGACGACUCUUGGGUUGGCUGCAGUGGCGCUCCGUGGGGACCCCAGCAUGCGGGUGCUUUCUCCCUCCGACGUUUCUGCGGGGCUCCCUGCUGCUGCUGCCGCGAGCGCUCUGUUGGGGAAGGCAGGCGCUGCCUCCCUGCUUGUGUUGUUGUUUUUGGCUGUCACGAGCGCGACAUCGGCGGAGUUGAUCGCAGUGUCUUCGCUGCUGACUUAUGAUGUCUACAAGAAAUACAUCAACCCGCAAGCCACUGAAGCACAGAUUCUGCGCGUCAGCCAUUGGAUGGUCGCAUUUUAUGCUAUCGUCAUCGGUCUUGCGGGCCUCAUCUUCUUCUACAUCGGUGUCUCCAUGGGGUGGCUAUAUACCUUCAUGGGCGUCAUCCUUGGCUCCGGUGUUGCCCCUAUCGCACUGUGCAUUACUUGGAGCAAGGCCAACAAGAAGGGCUGUAUCAUUGGCUCUGUGCUCGGUUUCGUGGCAGGCAUUGUCGCAUGGCUUGUGACCACCAGCACUUUGAACGGCGGUAUAAUUAACGUCAACACUAGCGGAGGUGACUUUGAAAUGCUUGCCGGCAACCUCGCAUCGAUUGGUGUCGGCUUCAUCAUUUCUGUUGGUACUUCCUAUGUUUGGCCGGAAAACUACGACUUCGAAUCGACCCGCGCGAUUAACAAGCCAGUCGAGCUGGUCAAGGAGAAAGAGGAUGGCGAGCAGGAGAAAGUCAAGGAGGGAGAAAAGUCACCUUCGAUGGUCGAAUCGACAGCCUCCCCUGCCCAAGUUGAUGAUGAACUUGAACCAGCUGCCUUGAUUAAGGCCUACGACUUUGCCGCCUGGUCUUCGCUUGUAUUGCUUCUCAUCCUCAUUAUCCUGAUUCCGCUGCCGCUGUUCUUUGCGUCAACAAUCUACGGCAAAGGAGGCUACACCGCAUGGGUCGUUAUUGGGAUCAUCUGGUCGUUCUUGUCCGCAUUUGGUGUGGUGCUCUAUCCACUUUGGGAGAGCAGGGCUGCUCUCGGGCAGAUUUCCGGCGGGAUCAUCAAGGACAUAUUCUCCCCGGGAAGUGGCAAGUAUGUCGCUGAAGCUAGACAGGCCGGCGAGGUGGCUUGAUUAUUGACGCAAGGCCCGGCGGACAUGACUGACAUGUUAUAUCACGAAAUCUGGAUGGAAAUAGGGCGGUAGACGGGCGGAAACGAGCCGAAACGUGACUUGUUAUGCGAAUGUAGACAAGAUUCCCUGUUUAUAAACAUUGGGCUGAGGUCUUUGAGCCUGGAGAUCGAGGUGAUCACGGGCCGAAUCAUCUGAUGUGGAUCGAGCCAGAGGCUAUCUCUCGCUGAGGUCGAAUUGCAAUUGGCCGGUGUUGGAAUAGGAACGUGGACCUCUUUUCUUCCAUUCACUCGCAUAAUCCUCGCAAGUUGUUUUGUGGGCCAGAGAAUUCGAUUCGAAGGGUCGAGUCAAGAGACAUUCGAUCACGUGGAACACAUUUUAUUCUCUCGUCCAUCAACUGCUUCCCCCACACUUCCUCCACUGCUCCGUCACCUCCAGUAAAAGACUCGUGAAAUGCUGGUAGCGUCGCGUCUCGGUGGACGGGCUGCGGUCUCAGGACGCGCUGGAGCUGUAGUCGUACAUUCUACUCGCGCUGCUAUUGCUCCGCUCCCCAAGGCGAAGAUUUCCGUGCGGACAUUGCAGUCGAUUGCGCAGACCGACCGGGACACGAUUACUCGUCUCCUCUACUCCAUCGGCACCAAACGCGAGGUCGAGCGCCAUCUGCGCAUCUUUUCCUCGUCGUCGCACCCCUCCCAACCCGCCAAAUUUGCGGUCAUCAAGAUUGGGGGCGCCGUUUUGGAUCAAAUAGACGAGCUCGCAUUAAGCUUGAGCUUCUUGUACAGAGUGGGAUUGUACCCAGUCGUACUGCACGGUGCGGGCCCGCAACUCAACCAAUUGAUUGAGCGGGAGGGUGUGGUCCCUGAUUAUAUUGACGGGAUUCGAGUUACUGACGCCAAGACGCUUCAAAUCGCCCGCCGGGUUUUCCUGGAGGAAAACCUAAAGCUCGUGACGGCGCUCGAGAAGCACGGCACGCGCGCUCGGCCCAUCACAUCCGGGGUGUUCACCGCCGACUACCUGGACAAGGACAAGUACGGACUAGUAGGGAAGAUCACGAAGAUUGACAAGCGACCGCUCGAGGCCUCGAUCCGAGCGGGCGCUUUGCCCAUUCUCACGUCCCUGGCGGAAUCUCCCGACGGCCAGAUCCUGAACGUCAACGCCGACAUCGCAGCAGGCGAACUCGCCAAAGAGCUCGAGCCGAUGAAGAUUGUCUUCUUGAACGAGAAGGGCGGGCUGUUCCACGGUGUGACAGGCGAGAAACUGUCCGUGAUCAACUUGGACGAAGAAUAUGAGAGUUUGAUGAAGGAGCCUUGGGUCAAGUUUGGCACGAAGCUCAAGCUGCGGGAGUUUAAGGAACUGCUGGACUACCUUCCCCGCACAUCGUCUGUUGCUGUUAUCUCAGCACCGAUGCUCCAAAAGGAGCUGUUCACGGACAGCGGCGCGGGAACCCUCAUUCGUCGUGGCUACAAGCUUUUCAAGCACGACUCGAUCGAGGGCCUCGGCGCAGACCGCUUCCGCCAAGUCAUCCACGACCGUGACCCCGAAGUUUUGAAUGGCUUCCAGAGCGUGGCCGGUGUACUGGCUGAGAUGAAAGACUCGGCAUACACCAUCUACGGCGACGAGCCGCUGGAUGUGGUCGCCGUCGUGUCCCAUCCCCCUGGCGAGACUCCAGUGCUGAAGAAACUUCUCCCGUCUCGUGCCGGUGUCCUGAACAAUGUGAUGGACAAUGUCUUCAACGCCAUCAAGAAGGAUCACCGUCGUCUGUUCUGGACUGCGCAGGCUGACGAUGACAACCGCGCUUGGCACUUUGAGCGGGCGGACGGCAGCUUCACCCGCGCAGGGAAGAGUCUGUUCUGGUAUGGCGUGCAAGAUGUGAACGAGGUCGAGCGCAUCAUCAAGGACUUCGAGCAGAAGGGCCGGAUCGAACGGUCCUAUCUUCCUGUGGGACCGUCCGCGCCACCGCACAAAGCGUCUGCUCCCUCUGGCAAGCGGUCGUUCUCGACCAGCGCUCGGCGCAUGGCGGAGCCGGCUACCGGGCCGGUGUCCACUGAGGUCAAGCGACUUGGGCUGAUUGGCGCUCGAGGGUACACUGGCCAGGCGCUGACUACACUGCUCGCCAACCAUCCGCAUCUGGAACUCUCUCACGUGUCCUCGCGGCAGCUUGCGGGGAUGCCGCUCGAGGGAUAUUCGAAAGCGCAGGUGACGUACUCGAAUCUGUCGGUCGAAGAUGUAGAGAGGAUGGAGAAGGAUGGGGAAGUCGAUGCGUGGGUGAUGGCCCUUCCGAAUGGAGUUUGCAAGCCCUUCGUCGAUGCCAUCGACCGUGGGGCCGAGGGCAAGACCAAGGAGAAGAGCAGCGUUGUGGUGGAUCUGAGUGCGGAUUAUCGAUUCGAGGAGGGCUGGACGUAUGGCCUGCCUGAAUUGUAUGGCCGUUCUCAAAUCCGGACAUCUAAACGUAUUUCCAACCCUGGUUGUUACGCAACUUCGACGCAAAUGCUGCUCGGUCCGCUGGUCGACAAACUUGCUGCAGUCCCCAGCGUGUUUGGAAUGUCAGGUUACAGCGGUGCUGGGACCGUGAUGGCCACUAACCCCGACGGCCAACCAACUAGCGCCCCAAAAGUGUCACCAGAGAGUCUCGGCGGGGGCGUCCGACCGUACUCUCUGACCGGGCACAUCCACGAGCGUGAAGCUGGCCACCACCUGUCCCGGCUGGGCACCGCCGGAAUCAAGGUCGCUUUCGUGCCCUCCGUGUCGCCAUGGUUCAGCGGAAUCAUCUCCACUGCUUCUAUUCCACUGAAUGGCUCUUACUCUGCCAAAGAGAUUGCAGCUUUGUUCGCCGAAAAGUACGAAGGGGAACGCUUAGUCAGGCUUAUGUCAGGAGUGCCAGAGCUCAAGGAUAUCGAGGGGAAGCACACCUGGAGCGUUGGAGGGUUCCAGAUGUCCCGAGAGGGAGACCGCGUCGUCAUCGUCGGUGGAUUGGACAACCUGUUGAAGGGUGCUGCCACACAAUGUCUACAAAAUCUCAACCUAGCCCUUGGAUAUGACGAGUUUGCUGGCAUUCCAACUGCGUAGAAUGUGAUGGGAGGGGACUAGACGAGAUCUUGAUCUAAAAGUACAAUUUUGCUCUUCCUUAGAGUGAUCUCCAAUGUGUUUAAUCUGUUGAUGUUUCCGCCAUAUUUCCCUUGUAUCGCUCUACUCUUAUGGAUCUGAUAAAUCGUGG